AUGAAGUUCUACAGAUUAUUUAGUGAAGGGAGUAGAGUUAAUCAGUUCAUAUGUGCUUUUUUAAUAAAUGUACCAGUAUUUGCAUAUGGCGCGAGCAUAGGAUGGAUGUCCCCAAUGACUUUGCUCUUGCAGUCAGAGAAGUCUCCCAGAGGGACGCCUCUUACUGAUUUAGAGGUUUCAACAAUGGCCGCAGUGGCUUAUCUAGUUUGCAUUCCAGGUGAUUUCAUGAUGGCGUUAUUAGGAGAUUGGAUUGGAAGAAAGAAAACCCUUAUGCUUAUAUCCGCUUCCUGUGUCGCAACUUGGGUGACGCUCUUGUUUUCCACCGAAGUGUGGGCCCUCAUCUUGGCCCGAGCUUUCGUGGGAAUCGCCAUGGCGGGUGCUUACGUCACCUGUCCAAUUUAUACGAAGGAAAUUAGUGAUGACAGUAUACGAGGAGCUUUAGGUUGUCUUAUAGUUGUAUCGCACACGACAGGCAACCUGUUUCUUUAUAUCAUCGGUGAUAUUUUAAAGUAUCGGACAAUUCUAUGGAUGUGUCUUUUUAUACCGACCUGCCAUCUAGUGUUAUUUAUGAUGAUGCCGGAGAGCCCUUCGUAUUUAGUUAAAAAAGGAAAAACUGAGGAAGCAGUCAGAGUGAUGGCUUGGUUGCGAUGUAAAAAAGUUACCGAUUCGUCCGUUACAACAGAACUUCAAUCAUUGCAAAAAGAACAGAAAAAUGAUGAAGGAGCCAAUAACUUUUUGUUAAAAGCAAUUUUCAAAGAUAGAACCUUGUCGCGAGCUUUCCGCUUAGCAAUGGUCGUCACCUUAGCUCGCGAGGUGUGCGGUGCUGUACCUGUCAUGAACUUUGCUGGUGAAAUAUUUGCAAUAGCCUCCAAAGAAAAUGGGUUAAUUCUCAGUCCCAAUCAGCAGGCAAUGAUGUUGGGUGCCGUACAAGUAGCGGGCUCGGCACUGGCCUCUAUUAUCGUCGAGAAGGCCGGCAGAAAGUUUAUACUUUUCACAACAUCACUGGUCUCCGGGAUAAGUAUGUGUGUCCUUGCUUCUUGGUUCCUGGCCAAAGACUACGAGCUAUAUCUGCCAAACUGGUUGCCAAUACUCACGCUUUGCCUUUGCAUCUUUUGUGACUCAUCAGGACUAGCGCCAAUGUCGCUUGUUAUUACUGGCGAAAUAUUUUCUUUCAAGUACCGUGGAACAGUUAUGGCAACAACGAUGGCCACUGCAUCGCUUGCCGACUUCUUCCAACUUUUAAUAUUCAAACCUCUGGUGAAUUCAAUCGGCAUUCACGCUGCUUUCUAUUUUUUUGGCUUUUUUUGUAUAUUUAUGUCUAUAUAUGUGAUAUUCUAUGUGCCUGAGACAAAAUCGAGGUGUUUAGAAGACAUUUACGAUGAUUUAAAUAAAAGUAAGCGAAAACCUAAAGUACCGACCGCAGCCUAA